AUGAGCCAACUAUCUUCGGCUGGUUCGUCUGGGCUAUCUUUAGAGAGAAGUUCUCAGGGUGGAGUUUCGAGUAGGUGCUGGUGUGGUGGAGAGGUUACGACCUACACCUCAAAGACUGAUGAGAAUCCCUAUCGUAGAUUUUUUAGAUGUGUUGGAGGUGUGAAGGAGAAGAAUGAGAAACACAUGUUUCGUUGGGUUGAUGAUCCUCUUCUAGAGGAGAUUAUGAUGGUUGAAAGAAAACAGAACCAACUCUUAGAGGAUCAAAAGAAGAUGGUAACAAACAAUGUGGAGCUCCAAAAGGAGAUGGUGAAAGAGGUGGUAGAAAAGGUGGAAAAGAAUAUGAUUGAGAUCAUGAGGCAAGAGCUAAUGGUUGCAAAGGAGAGUAUGCAGAAGUCGAUCAAGAAGAGGAUUUGUGUAGUGAUCGUAGUGGCAGUUUCAAUGGCAUGGCUUUAUGGAAAGAUGAUAUGA